UUGUCUCGUUUUUUGCGAUCCCAUCCCGAUUGUGCUAUAAACUGCGCUCACCUCCCACCAGCCUACUCACGGUACCAACAAAAGAAGUUUGGUUGAACACCAGCAAAACAGAUCAACCAUGUGGCGUGCUCAAGUUGGGGCAAAGGUCGAAGUUCAAGCUGACGAUGAUGACUGGGAAACUGACCCAGAUUUUGUGAACGAUGUGAGUGAGAAGGAACAGCGAUGGGGCUCCAAGACGGUCGAAGGGUCCGGUCACCAGGGCUCUUGUUGCAACUGUUUUGUGUUUCAUGGGCUGUUUUUGUUGACUUUGCAGUCGGCCAUGAGUCACGAACACAUGGAGAAGCUUAGUGCUCACGCCUCACAGAAGGACUACGCCAAAGGGUUUGGCGGCAGGUACGGGGUGCAGAGCGAGCGCGUGGACAAGUCGGCUGUGGGUUUUGACUAUGCCGGGAAAACAGAAAAGCACGCCUCGCAGAUAGAUUACUCCACUGGCUUUGGUGGCAAAUAUGGAGUUGAGAAAGGCAAGCAAGACAAAUCGGCAGUUGGGUGGGAGUACCAGCAAGGACUGUCAAAGCAUGAGUCCCAGAAAGAUUAUUCCAAAGGCUUUGGUGGGAGAUAUGGUGUGCAGAAAGACCGAGUUGACAAGGCUGCUGUGGGUUUUGAGUACGAGGGGAAGACAGAGAAACACGCAUCUCAAAAAGAUUACGCGACCGGCUUUGGUGGGAAGUAUGGUGUCCAGAAAGACAGACAAGACAAGGUGGCAUUGGGCUACGACGAGACCAGCAAGGUGGAGCUCCAUCCCUCCCAGAAGGACAUGUCCAAGGGGUUUGGGGGCAAGUUUGGCGUGGAGUCAGACAGGCAGGAUGCCUCUGCCGGCUCAUUUGAUGACAUGCAGGGGGUUUCGUCAUCCUAUCAGCGUACCAGAGUGGCUCCUGGUUCCGGUGGUGCAGGAAACCUGAGAGCAAAGUUUGAAAAUAUGGCGAAGGCAGAAGAAGAGGAGCAACGUAAGAAAGCAGAAAUGGAAAGGCAGAGAAGACAGGAGAGAGAACAGAAGGAGAGGGAAGAGUCCAAGAAAGUCGAAGAGGAGCGACAGCGUAAGCUGAAGGAGGAGCACAGAGCCUUAGAAGCGGAAGAGCAGGAAGAGCAAGACUGGGAGACAAACCCCGAGCCACAAGAGGAGCAACCACCAGCGCUGCCACCACCACGGCAGACAGCACCCCGCGCCCAGCCCCAGCCUGAACCAGAGCCAGAGCCAGACGAGAUGUAUGCCGACCCGGACUACAUAAACGAAGGUGGUGUCAGCCAGCACGAGCCAGAGCCUGUGCCUGCUGAUACUUAUGAAGAAAUCCCUCAGAAAGUCGCAGAACCUGAGCAGUCACCGCCAGUGGAGGAUGCAGUGUAUGAGGACAUGCCUGGUGCUGGUACUGAGAACACAUCAGGCGGGGGUAUGACAGCUGUGGCUGUGUAUGAUUACCAAGCCACUGGGGAUGAUGAAGUGUCCUUUGACCCCGGUGACGUCAUCACUGACAUCGAUCAGAUUGACAGCGGUUGGUGGAUGGGGACGUGUAAUGGUUCCCGAGGGCUGUUCCCUGCUAACUAUGUGGAACUCCAGUAGAGACGCCCAUCGCAGAGCACCAUGUCAUUCCUUUCUCUGAUAUCCCAUCUCGGCCAGUUUAUGCCAUCUGUAACAAUUGAUAGAAGAAAUUGAAAACUUGGCAGAUGACAAAAAGUCUUUUGCAAAGUUAAAUAUGGAUUGUGUAAGAUGUCCUAGUUUUUGUACCAAUACUUAAUUUUGAUCGAGUUUUGAUUUACCCUGACUAAAUGCCCCAUUCGUAUCAUGACAAGUCCCAAAAGAAAUGUAGUAUCUAGGCAGAAAGGCUUCAACUAGAAGUGUUGCCGGCGCCUCGUUAUGAAAUGAAUCCUACCAUCUUGAAACUGGAGCCUCUACCAGCAGAUGCAUGCAUUACAUACAGCCACACUAGAUCUUUUGGAUCAGCCUUUGCUGGGAGAAAUCACAAAUUCAAAUUCUUGAUUAAGAGUCCCAAAUAUAUCAUUUUAAAACAAAGAACUGGUUUUGACAUUACUUACACAUUGCCAGCUAGGUUAAUCUGUAAUUGAUAGGUAGAGUUUCUGGGUGAGCCAAUUCCCUAACAUGUGUACAGGAUGAGGGCAUUUAAUACAUACAGUUACAGCAGUGUUUGCUGCGGGCGUCAUAGGGUUAAUAUGCAGAUUAUUGAUACUUACCCUGCAGUCCAUGUAGUCUUUAACCCUUCGACCCUUUAGGUUUUGCCUUUACGUAGACUGCAUGUACACAGCAAAAUACUCUGAAACGCUGAGAAAUGAUAAAUCCACCUGUAUGGAGUUAUGCUUUGCCCUUUGAAUAACUCUUCCACAGCCCCUUAGUGCAGUGAGGUCAGAGCAAGCAAUCGGACCCUGCAUUGCUUCAUAGACCUUUAUGUUUUGGUAUGUACAGCCCCUCUGAACAUUGUAAUGAAACUAUUAUACGGACAAGUUAGCAUUUGAAACCCUACAUACGACAAAAUCUGAAGUAUAUCAUCAUAUUUUACUAAGAACUGUCAUUAUUACGCAGAAUUUGGGUUUGGUAGCAAAGCAGUUGCCCGAUGAAUGUAUAUUUUUUGUAUGUUUUGAAUUGUGACAAGUACAUGUAUCUUUGGUGACUAACUGGACAAAUGCAGUUUAGGACAGAAAUUCAUGUAGAACUUAACUCAUGGUUUUGUUGCACUUUCUUACUGCUAUCAAGGUUUCUUAUUUCCUUCACACCAAUACAGAUUUUUUUUAUUAGGAUAGAAAAAUCAAAAUCUUGUAACGUACCUUUCUUUUAAAAAAAAUUGCAUUGCGCUUUCAGCUUCAAUAUGUACAGUCUUUUGUACUGUGAGGGUAAUUUUAUUGGAAAUGACUGUAUGCAUGACAAUGCGUUGUUACUGCAUAUUCUUUAACUGAAUUAAAAAUACAUUUAAUUACGGCAAAUGACAUAAAAGGGGGAAUUAUCUUUUAAGAAUUUUAUGCCACGUAUGUUUCUGAAAGAAACGAUCACUUGGGUAGAAACACCGUCUACAAGUGCCUGACUUGUUUUUUACUUUUGUAUUCUUUCACUGUGCACAAAUUUUCAGAUAGAAUUACGGUGGCAGCUGAUAACUGGCUGGUUAAAGCAUUCCAAUUAUCAGAUAGGUUGGUUUGUCUGAGAGCACCAGGUCUAAAUUCUGAGUAACGUGCGUUCUAUGACUAAGUGUUUCUAUGACUAUUAAACAAGUCAAGCAGGCUCAUUCAACAGCAUAUUAUGUUUUGUUUGUUUUAAGGAAGACUUUCAUCUCCAGUCCUGUUACCAGGGUGGACAGAGUAUACUGCACUGUUAAGAUUGAUCAGUUCAGCUUACUCUGUUACCCAUAACAGAUUGCUAAACUUUGACCAACACCAACAAAAUGAUUCAGACACUUCUAUUCACUCCACUUAAUAGUUAUUUCAAAUGUCAGAAAUGGAGCUUGUGCAGAUUUUCUGUAGGUUACGUUGCCCAAUUUGGCAUCAUAAGGAAUAAUGAAUUUGUUGAGAGUUCCCGAUGACAUCUACUAACAUGUUAAAGUGUCAGUGACUUUAAAAAAAGAAAGCUUGUUAAACCUGACUCAUUUUGCUGGGUUUGGUUCAUAACUUAUUUACAAAAUUAUUGCUCUACAUCUACAUUUAAAUUCUCCCCCUUUUUAUACAUCAUGCUCUACAGAACUACAUGUACAAGGCCAAUUUUGUCUAUCAUUGGCAUAAUUACAAUUACCCCAAUGUCUAUGUAAUAUGUUCAGUAUUAAAACGAACGUCAGAAUAUUUUUAAGAAAACAAUUUCAGGCAAAAGUACAAAAUGGUACAUGUAUGUGCCAUCUAUAAACAUUUUGUUUUACCUCAGUUGAGUACAGUUAUAUUUUCACUGCAAAGUAUCUUAAAGGAAUACUUAGAAAAGCAAAUAUAUAUUCAAUUUGGUAAAACAUUCCUAUUGAAUGUCACAGAAAGUAUAAAACCCAGACCAAAGUUUGUUGACAGAAAUACCAUGGAAAAGUACAAAAUGUUUUGUUGGCUCUUUCAUAUGUAAACAAUGACUUAACUUCUUUUUUUUUUUGUUAAAAAUUACAAAAUGUUGCACUAAACAGCCGAACAAGAUGCAUGGGUGGUACAGAAUAACUUUUCUUUCUAACUUCGAAUGUAAUGAUUAUGAAAUUCAAAAUUGUAUUAAAACAAUUUUAUGUGAUCUUACAUUAAAUAAUCUGCAUACAAUAUGCAUCUGUGAAACAUUUGGGUAGCAGCUUUUGCAGUUGUUUGCAUUGCAUUUCAGUAAAUGUAUGCAGUUUUUAAAAAAAUCUGAGAGCUGUCAAAAUUAUUCUGCUGCAGUCAUGUAGGAUGUUUACUAUUACACCUCUGCAUUCUUUGUAAUAUGGUUUAAAUUCAUGUUUGAAAAUUGCGGAUUUUCAGGCAUGCAGUUACCGGGAUGUUCCCUAGUUGUACGACUUGAAUGCAGUUGAAAGUGAAACACAGUAAAUGCACAAUGGCAAUGCCACUGAAAAGUGUACUCAAAUUUCAAGUAUAAUGUUGACAAUUUCCUCUUUUGUAUAAAUAAAUUUUUUUGUAUAAUUUUAUGUUUCAAUUCAGAGGAGCGCAUUUGCUAAUAAAACAAGAUUACCACAAAUGCAA